UAUAAUCAAAAGUAGGGUGAAAAAUAGAUGUUUGAGAGAAGAGAGAGCGCGGGGAGCUAUGCUAACCCUUCCUUGAGUUUCUCUGCGUCGUGCUUCAGGGCAUCGGCUUGUCUUUCGACCACGCCACUUGCCAAAUUUGAUCCAACUUCAAUCUGGGCAUAUGUAAUAGCACGUUUUUGCUUGAUCUUAUUCUCAGUAGCUCUCGUUUCUCCCAAAACAUAGAAACACGAACAAAACCGUGAUCUAAUUUCCUCAACCCAGCUAUGCAUUUUUUUGUUGAAAUGUUUUAGCGGAGGCUCAUUGGCCCAAGUAAGCCUCUGUUCAUGCCGUUUUGAUCAACUGGCCCAGCAGAUUCACGUAAGUAUUUGGUGAGAAGGAAUUGAACAACUGAAAAGCAACACCAAUUUCACGAAAUCGAACAUAUACCGGCUAUAGUCGAGAUUCAAUGUCUCGGUGCUUCCCGUUCCCGCCUCCUGGAUAUGAAAAUGAAAAGAAGUCAAGUAAUGGGGAGCUAGGGCAUGUCCACAAGAAGAUUAAGCGCAAGCACAAAAAGGAGAAGAAAGAGAACAAAAAAGAAGAGAGAAAGGAUGAAGACCAAGUUAAUAGCUUGAUAGAAAAGAAGGAUAAGAAGCACAAGCAUCGCAAGCACAAAAAGGAUAAGAAAAAAAGUAGGCACGGAGAACAUGAAUUUGAGGAUAUUAAGAGAGUUGGUCUCGCACAUGAUAGCCCCACAAGGAGAGAGAAGGUGUCGUUUAAAUUUAUUGAGAGAGAAAGACCAGGUACAGGGAGUUGUAACAAAGUCGACAUAGCACACAGUGAAGUAUCAAGACAAAUAAAUGAUGAGAUAAGAGAAAAUGGCAUGGGAGGGGAACAAAAACUGGACAAGGAUAGGGACAAUAGCGAUCGCAAUGUGAGGAAGAGGAAGGAGAUGGACACAAACUUUUUUGUUGGUCUUGGGGAUGCAGAGGAUAGCUUUAAUAAAAGAGAGACCGUUGGGAUAAAAUUUGUUGAUAGGGAGAGACUAGGAAAUGGGAAGUAUGUCAAGAUUGAUCUAUCAGAGAGGGAAGAAUCAAGACUACACAAUUGUAAAAUAGGUGGUAAUGGCAUGGAAAAGGACCAGAAAACUGGCAAGGAUGGGGGUAAGAGUAAUGGCAAAGUGAGGAAGGGUAAGGAGAUUGACACGGAGUCUUCUUUACAUAACGGAAAUGUGCAGGAGAUUCCCAAGAAAAGAGAGGCACUCUCUAUUAAAUUUGUUGAGAGAGAGAGACCAUGCAAUGGUAAAUGUGACAAAAUCGAUCUAUUGGACAACCAGAAAUUUCUCACAGAUAGGGAUGAUAAUAAUGGCAUCGUGAGGAAGAGGAAUGAGAUCAACACAAACUCUUCUUCACAUGGAAAUCAGCCUUGGGUCCAUUUGCCUGUGCUUACGGACAAGGACAAAUGGUCUACUAAGCACUUACAAACUACAUUUGCAAAGGAGGUUUGCUCUGAUAUUGGGAGAACAGCACAAGAGGCGAAAACUCUUCUUGUUGAAUGCAUAUCUAUGAGUCAUGUUCAGAACGCAAGCAACCAUGCUCUUGGGAAAAGUGUUGAUAGUACAAGUUUCCAUCCAUCAUUAUCUGGGAGGGAUAAGCGGUCUCUUAAGAGCCUUCGAACUACAUUUACCAAGGAGCUUUCCUUUAAUACUGGUAAAGUAGCGCAAGAAGUUAAAAAUAGUCCCGUGGAAUGCAUACUUAAGACUAGACUUGAAGAGGCAAGCAAUGCGUCUUUUGAGGAAUGUAUCGCAAGUACAAGUUGUCAUCCAAUUUUUUCUGGCAAGGACAAGCAGUUCAAUAAGUGUCCUCAAGCUGCAUGUGCUGAGGAGGUUCAUUCUGAUGGUGGGAAUAAAUUGCAAGAUUCAAAAGAUUGUGCUGUUGAAUGCUUACCUGAGAGUAGGAUCCAGUUUGCCAGCAAUGCUGCUCUUGAGAAGUGUGCUGCUAGUACAAGUAGUCAUCUGUCAUUUUCUAUCAAGGACAAACGAUCCAUUAAGUGCCCUCAAACUGCAUUUCCUGAGAAGGUUCUAUUUGAUAGUGGGAGAAUAGGGCAAGAGGCAAAUGGAGUUGGUGUUGAAUGCAAACCCGGGAGUAGAGUCCAGGAGGCAAGCACUGCUACUCUACAAAAGUGUGUUACUAGUACAAGUUGCUUUCGAUCAUUUUCUGGGAAGGAUUGUGAAAGGAAUGGUGGGGCAGAUUGCAAGACAACUUCUCAUUUUAUUGGGCAUUCACAUGGUACUACUGAAGCUGUUGAUGUUGUUCCUUCAGGGAGCAGGGCAGAUUGCAAGACGAAGUCACAUUUUAUUGGGCCUUCACAUGGUACUUCUGAAGCUGUUGAUGUUAUUCCUUCAGGGAACAGGGCAGAUUGCAAGACAACUUCACAUUUUAUUGGGCCUUCACAUGGUACUACUGAAGCUGUUGAUGUUGUUUCUUCAGGAAGCAGGGCAGAUGAACACAUCCUGGAUGUAAAAUAUUUUCACUGUUUACCACCAAAGCCAGGUUGCUCUGAUUUGGAUGAUCAAGCUUGGCUCUUUCUGAGUAAUGGCCGAAAACCCAAGGCUACAGAAAAGUUUGAUCAUGCAUCAAAUGUAUGGGAUCGGUUACUGGUCUUGCAACCCAGCAAUACAUAUGCGUUGCCUUACGUUACUCCAUUCUGAGAUUACUAUCAUCCAGAUCCUAUCGAAAUCAAUUUUGUGGUUGGGUUUUCCUUCCAAUUCAAUACAAGCUUGAAUGAUUUCUGCCGAUCUUUCUCGUGACCUUACCACAUUAUUCAGUAGAAUAUUUAACUCUGAUAUGUUAGAUAUCCAUAUAAUCUUAUAUGAAUCCAAAAGCACUCUUAGAUAUUAUAUAAUCUUGUAAAUUUGCUGGAGCAUGGUUUUGGGGACCGGGUGCAUAUCAAUCUUUAACUUCAAAGUUUAAAUGCCCUUUCAAAUUACAUUGUACAGACAUUAACAAUUCUUUGAAUACUGAUCACAUUUUUUCUCCUCUA